AUGGGACAAACAUCAAGUAAAAGCCAAGGUACAUUAACUUUUGGCCACGUUGCAACAACGAAUACCACGAUUACCACCGCACAGCAACCAUCCACCAAUAUCACAAAGAAUGCCACACAAAAGCAAUACCCAUCAUCACAACUGGAUCUUGUCACAGCAAAGCCGCACUUUUAUGCGCUGAUGGAAAAGCCGUUGCCUAACCCAAAAAAUGAUGAUACGACCCGACUAGACCGAGUUGACUCUGGGUAUACCUCCAGCAGCAACAACGACCUUACACAACAACAACAACAACAACAACACAACCUCAUCUCUGAUAGCGACAAGGAAUCUUUAUACAAUGACGUUGCUUAUAUUGAUAAAAAGUAUUACCAUCAAUGUAACGAGCCACCACCGUAUGCAUACAACAACAUCGAACCACUUGAUGGAAAACGAUUUACUUUCAUGGACGUAUAUGGGGACUAUAACAAGUCAAUGCAGGAAAUCGAUGCGUCGGCCCGACGUUUGAUCAAUCUCAGCCCCAACAUCAGCUGCUUCAAGAUGAUCAGACGAUUGAAUAUCUCGCAUAAUUACUUGACAAGGUUACCAGAUGCCAUUGGGAGAUUAGAGAAUCUUGAAUACCUUGGCCUUGCUUAUAAUCAACUUGUGGAGUUACCAGACACAAUGAGCCACUUGUCCAAUCUGAAUGAGCUGGACGUAUCACACAAUUGCCUUAGCGAUCUGACAGCUUGCUUCCGGAUAGGAUCAAAAAAGCUGCAUACGAUCCAUGCGCAAAACAAUGCCAUCGAACAACUCACCUAUCACAUCCGCAACAUGACACAUCUCGCAUUUUUCAACCUGUCGGAAAAUCCUAUCACUGUGCUUCCGGCCGAGGUAGCUCAGCUCCCGUAUCUUCGGCACAUGUUGCUCUUAGGAUGUCCCCUUAAAUCCAAUCUCACACACGCUCUCAAUCACGAUCCUCCUUCGUUACGUGAAUUUUGCGCACGCAUCACAUUACGACGACAACUCAACGCAUCCCAUCUCCCUGAUCAUCUCAUUGCGUAUCUUGCCACAGCCAAACCAUGUACGUCAUGUCGUGGACCGUACUUUGAAAACUACAUCACGCGAGGACAAUGGAUUGAAAAAGCCGAAGGAUUAUUACCCUUGGAACAUCGACUAUGCUCAGCUCAUUGGAAGGACGAGGAUGAUCGUAUUUUACACAUGUUCUCAUCUGGACAACAAGCGGCUGUUGUAUCAUCUUGUACGCGUAGUCAUAUUGGCAGCAGUAAUAGCAGUAAUGAGGAUAUGGCCAUGGUGGUGGAAGAACAAUCAUCAGCAUCCACAGCAACGGAUCGAUGGAGGACAACACAAAAAAGGGUUAAUACACAUCGGUGGUUGACAACCAAGCUGAAACGGCCUGCCACCAAAGACAAUUAG